AAAAAUUCGAGAAACUUUGGCCAACGAUUGUAUCAGUCGUCGAUUCUCGUUCUGAUGAAGAAGCGAAGAUUUCUAUUCUCUUUAGGAAAGAGAAAACUUUUUUGGUUAGUAACGAUGAUUGGUUUUCUAUACUUAUUUUCUCCCAUGGGAAGGAGUAAAUACUUGCCACCAGAAAGACAACGUUUAAACGAACCAACGAGAAAAUUACCGCAAAAAGCUGACUUGAAAAGCAUUUAUUCUCAAUUCCAAUUUGCGGAUUCGAAAGAGAGUACUGUGACAGUUAUCAUAAGUUGCUUUAUGCGUCCCAACAGCUUUGAAACCGUUGCUUUGUCUUUUUUGAACCAAACAGCACCCAUAGUAGAUGUCAUCGCGUAUGUAUCCGGUUCACCUUUCAAAGAAGAAUAUCUUGCAGUGGUUGAAAGAAUAAAGAAAGUAGAUUCAAGAAUAUCCGCUUUUGUCUCAGACGUCAAUCUAGGAUACUUUGGGAGAUUUCAGGUUGCCCUUCAGGUGAAUAGUGACUUUGUGGUAUUCGCGGACGAUGACGUGAUUCAAGGAAGAAAGACGAUAGAAGCUUUCAUAAAAGCUUAUAGAUUUGCCGGUUUUGUAGGUGUAUUGGGUGUUCGAGGUGUUAUAUACGAUAAUAUCUUUCCUGCUUGGUUGAAAAAACUGAAGCCUUCAGUUAUAUCAAGAAAAUAUGGAACAAUUCAGUCAGAGCUAUCGUUUUCCAGUACACGACCAACAGAGAUACAAACUCAUUGGCUGAGCUCAGGUGCUGAAGUAGAUACUUUGUUUAGCUUCUGGUUUAUGCCUUCAUCUUGGGUUCAGUUAUUGUAUCUUGAACAACCUGUUACCACAUUGACUGCGGAAGAUAUCUAUAUAUCCUAUAUAAUACAAAAAUAUUUGGAAAAACCAACUUAUUAUUUGUAUAGUGACGACCCAGAUUUUUGUGGAUAUCUUUCUCCAGAAUUAGGCAAUCAUAAUAGAAGUUGGGUUGACGUAAAAGACGAAUUACCCAAUAUCACAUUAUCACAACUUCACGACGCUCUGUCUUCUUCAUUUGUAACAAGCAAUAUAUCUUCUAGGAUGUAUCGAUGGGUUCGAAAUGCUGUUUUAGCUUCUCUUGUAGAACGUGGAUUUUAUUUGAAGAGAAUGGAAAAACUACGAAGACGCCAAGGUCGUGCAUUAUUGAUAUUUCCUAGUUCGUUUGAAAAAAAUAACGUGGAACAGACAAUAGUGAAGUGUAUGGAAGAACCUGAUACAAGUAUCUGGAUCUUGUGUAGACAGCCUGAUUGCAGGGAAUAUGUUGGUUCGUCUAACUUCCUUGCAGAUAUACUGGAUGGUCCCUACUCUAUUAUCUUUUCUAACAAAAUUUUCCGAAUAAUACUCCCCAAUCAAACGAGUCGCAGUUCAUAUUACUCGAGGUUUUUAAUGGAUAUCACAGCUCUUAUGAGAAGUCAAAAAAUAUCUGAUAUUUCAGUAAUAUCUCCAGACUCGCUGGAACUCCAAACUUUGAAAUUGGCGGCACAAUUAGAAGAGGUUGAGUUGCAUGUAUAUGAUAGUCACUGAUGCCACAUUAUUUGCCAACUAGCGAUUAUGGAAGCAGUUUUAAAUAUUAUCAUCUAUUUGUUUGAAUAGUUUCAGAGAUAUGAAUGUGUUGAAUUGCCAACCACCAAACACAGGGAAAGCAACUGUUUUUUUAGAAAAUUUAUCUCUACUAUUAAGGACAUUGAAUUUUUUCGACCAAUCGACUAAACAAAUUGAUGAUGACUACUUGUUUAGAAUCAGAUACAUACAACAAAAAUCUUCCAAAUAAAAUGUCCCAUUCAGGU